AUGGCAUCUCAACAGGGUUUCUCAUUUCCUCCUCCGCCGCCACCUCCGCCGUCCUCGACACAACAGCAAUUUCCGCAGGCGGGCUCACAUAUUGGACAAAAUGCGCAUAAUUAUCGCGGUGGGAGUGGCCGAGGGGGUGGGUUUCGAGGACGUGGUCGUGGUGGUAUGAAUCGUGGAGGUCGAGGCGGAGCAUCUCAUCCAAACUAUCGCAACAACAAUCAACAGGGAAUGUACAAUGGCGGAUAUGCGAUGCAGUCAAAUGCGCCGAACUACCAUCAAAACGGCUCUCAGUAUGGUUCGUCGGCGCCACAGAGUUUUGUUCCUGUCACUCAGGGAUUCACUUCCCAAACGCAUGUCGCUCCACCAUACCAACCUACAAACUACGAUGGGCGUUAUUCAAAUAUACAGAGCGGAUCAACCGCGCCUAUACCGUCAUACACAGGGCAUCAGUCACAUACCGCAGUUCCCGUCGGAGCUUCAGUAGUAGCACCACCAAUGCACUGGGGAUACGACAAGACCGGAGCCGGCGGGUUCUAUCCAGGAUCUACAACAUAUCCAAACCCUCUACCUCACGCACAUUCACAAGGAAAUAACUAUCAAAAUCAACAUGGACACAAACGGAGAUACUCGUCGACGUUCGAAAAACCGACUUCACAAGGACCUCGACCAACUGCACCGCCCGCUGUUCCCAGUUUUGGUGUUCCUCUACCCGCGAAACCCCCGCUACCAGCCGAGACUUCACGUCAAGCGCAGAAGAAAAAGAAGCGGAAGUUCAACCAGCUAGGCCUUACACCCAAAAUGGAAGAACAUGAGUCAAGCGAUGAAGAAGAUGAUGCGGAUGAAGAGAGUCGAUUGGCGUCUGCGGCGGGUAAUCUUGCCGGACCUCUGCAAUUCACCUUCCGCGGACGCACGUCCACCUUGAAUAAUGUGACAGAUAUCCAAUCAUGGAUUGAGGAACGAAAGAAACGAUUCCCUACACAGGCACGCAUCGAGGAGAAGAAAAAGGCCCAGGAGGAAGCAAAGAAGCAUAAAGAACUUCAACGCGAAGAAGCGCGUCGCAAACAGCAAGAAUUUAAAGAGCAAAGGGAGCAGGCUAGAAAGGAAGCUCAAGAAAAGAAAGAGAUGGGAUCUGAUCCCAUGGAUGCCGCUCUCAAAGCAAAAGCAAAGGCAGAGAAAUUGCGCAAGAAGCUACUGAAGGAGGAGAGGAGGCUGCAAAAGGCGGAAGCCGAUGCGGAGAGAGCACGGCUUGUAGCGGAGGCGUCGCAGCAACAAUCUUUGACUCAUGAUGCGAAUGAAGUACCGGCGCAAGGUAAUACUAUAGAUGAAAACCAGUCCGCCAUAUCAGAAUCAGCAUCCUCGGAAGACGAAGAUACCGAUGACGACGUCCCGGAAGAAAUGUCCUCACGACGUCAAGGCCCAGAACGAGUCCUACCACCGCCCCGAGAAGGGCAGUCAAAGCCCCGUAAACCAUGUCGCGACUUUCAACGAAGAGGAAAAUGUCCCCGGGGAAAUCACUGUCGGUAUUCGCAUGAUCCGCCUACAGACGGGACGGACAAGUCGCGGCCGUCCAUCAAGCCGGGUGCAGGCACUAAACAGCCUGCUAAGAGGGGACUUUUUCAAAUGCUUGUUGAACAGGAAAUUCAAGCGCGAGAUCGCCAGGUUAUGCAGGCCAUAUCCUGGCUCGGAUCUCAGGGAUUGCUUGAAGAGCCUGAACCUGCAACCAGCCAUUCCGCCGGCCAUGGUACCUUGGAUACGGUUGUACCGGAGCCUUACCCUGCGCCAACAGUAUGA